GUAUGAAUCUGUGUACAAGAAAACAUUUGGAACGCACACUUUUCUAACUGCAGCAUCAGCCACAACCACCAAAAGUGAUCAGCAGAGUCUAUUAAUUUUGCAGUGUAAUUUAUUGCGAAGACAGUAGAUAACUUGGAAAAAAAUAGUCGGCACCAAUUGUCAAUCGCAAUCGCAGAAAUAAUAACAAUACCGGCUUUGAAAUAAAAAAAGUUAUCAAUCAAUAAAUCAAACAAAAAGAUACAAAAAAAUGCAGCAAUUCAAAUUAACCGAAAUGAAAACGAAUCUGCUGUACGCGCCCGAGUCAUACGCGCUGGCGCACGCCGUCUCAGCCGAUUUGAAUACGAUGAAAGGCAGUCUCGCCUGGCAGUUCGCCGUCAUUUACGGCAAUUUCGAUGAGCUCAGCAAGCAGCCAAUAACGGUGGGCAAUGUCGCAGUCAUGGAGCAGCAGUCGCGUUUCAUUUACUUUCUGGUGACAAAGGAAAAUGUCUAUGAGACAACAACAUACAAUACAUUGCAUGCAGCGUUGAUUUGUAUGCGUGAACAUAUGCGCAUUCAUGAGAUUACAAAAAUUGCAAUGCCGCGCAUUUGCUGUGGCACUGAUGGCUUGGAUUGGCAGCGGGUGAAGCAGUUAAUACGCACAGUAUUUGCCCGAGACAGCAAUGUCGAGAUUUUGGUGUGCAACUACAAUCAGCCGGUGAAAAUUCCGCCGAAAUGCCAGAUUACCGAAGUGAAGGGCAACAUUUUCAGCGCACCGCAGGACUUCUCAAUGGUGCAGUCGACUAGUGCGGAUUUCGCUAUGUCCAGCGGUUUGGGCUUGCAAUUCAAAUGCAAAUUCGGACAAGUGCAUGAGUUGCAGAAGCAAAACAAACAUAUUGGCAACGUGGCGGUGUUGAAGGACAACAAUCGUUUUAUUUACAAUUUAAUCACAAAGGAACGCAGUCACGAAAAGUGCACAUAUCCGGCGCUCUAUUACGCGCUUAUGUCGAUGCGCGAGCAUAUGGAACAAAACAAUGUGACGAAAAUCGCAAUACCCAGAUUUGGCGGGGAAAUCGAUCGUCUAAGCUGGUUGCGUGUUAAGAACAUUGUGGAAUUUGUAUUUGCUAAUUACGAAGUCGAUAUCAUUGCAUACGUUUUCGAUCCACCAGAAGUGGUGCGAAGACGUUCACGCGAUUCACGUUCACGUUCGCGAACAAUGGAAUCUAUGGUCAGCCGCAUGUCACUCUCGCGCGACUUGCCUUAAAUAGGAGCGCACAAAUCGCAAAAGAAAGCAAAACUUCAAGUUUGAGUAUAAAGUUAAAUGUUUUGUUUAAUCUACGUUGACGUUUUCUACGAACGCAUCCACUUAAUUUAUUAAUUUUUUAAACUAUACUCGUAUAUUUAUAACGCUGGAUUAAAAUUUGCACAAUGACUGAUGUAAAAAAACUCUACACGAAGAUUUGGUUGCGCAAAGCUCAACUCGGAUUUGUGAAAUGGAAAACAAUUUUUGACAAAAAAUUUAAGAAAAAGCGAAUAUUAUAUUUUUUUUAAUAUGUAUUUGGUGUGAAUAUGCCUUUAUAUAUUGUAUAACAAAACUCUCGGCUCAAUAAUUUUAAGUGAUG